UUCUCCUCCGUUGUGUCAACGAUAUUGUGUUUACCACUACACUAUUUUUUGGAGCAAAAACGAAUACACUGAACGCUGUGGCUUUGCGCUUCUUUUGCAUGAGUGUGUCAAAUCCAUUCGCUACUUGUCAACGUCUCAAGUCAACAUAGCAGAUUUUCCAAGUUCCGUAUUCAACAUUCACUCUGAAAACAUUAAAACCGUAUUCAAAGUUUCAGUUUUUGCUUGCAAAUUAAAUAUCAAACAAUUUCCAUACUUUCGAUACAUUCGAUUUGGUAUACUGUUAAAAUGGCAAACGUGUUGAAAAGUAGCGCUUUGUCCGAUGCGAUUGCAAAGAUGUAUCUCAACGAACAAUUGGCCAACGUUCAUUUCGAAUUCAAAGUCAAUGACGAAAUUGAAAAAGUUCCAGCGAACAAAGGUGUAUUGGCUGCUCUCAGCCCGGUGUUUCAUAAAAUGUUCUAUGGAUCGCUGACAGAGAAAGGUGACGUUGCCAUUACUGAUGCGGAUGCCGAUGGAUUCAAGGAAUUUCUCCGGUUGUUCUAUAUGAGUGAGGUGACUCUUACUAUGGAAAAUAUGGAGAUCGUUGUUCGUUUGGCCGACAAAUACGAUGUCCUCGAACAUGUCAACGCAUGUGCUACAAUUUUAAAAACCCAAUUGACACCGGAUAACAUGUGCUGGAGUUAUCAGUUGGCUGUGAAUCUCAAAAAUGAAGAAAUGAUCGAGUUCUGUGAGGACCAAAUCGUCAAGUCGCCGAAGGAAGUUUUUGCCAGCGAUUCAUUUAAACGCUGCGACAAAAGUACUCUAAAGCGAAUUCUGGAGCUGAGCUUGAUCUGCGCAGAAGUCAACGUAUUCGAUGCCUGUUUGACGUGGGCCAAACAUGCAUGCGAAAAAAACGAUUUGGAUGCAGCGCAAGCAGUAAAUUUACGAACUCAACUCGGCGACUGUUUGAAGUUGAUUCGAUUUGGUGCAAUGACAAACGAUGAAUUUUUCAAACGUUACGUGUCGCUGAAAGAAUUGUUCACAUCGGAAGAGUUCGAAGAUAUAACACUUACAUUAUUGUUGAAGGAACACAAACCGAAAAUUUUCAAUCGAAACCCUCGAUGCUACACAUGGGAUGCUUCAGAUGUUUUACAAUGUUGGCGGAAAACUAAACAUGGAGGGUCGAAAAAGUACAUAAAAACUUCAGAAAUAACCUCUUUUUCAUCGAAUAACCAUGUGCUGUUGGGGAAGAUUCGAACUACAUUUGCCAAAGGCCAUUUAUCUAAACUAAUUGGAACAAAGAUCGAAGUAACUAUCACCGAGCGCAAGGACCUCGCAUUUGAAUCAACUGUAUUGCCAAAAGUUCUUUUUGAAUACACAUCAUUGUUUGACUCUAAGGUGGCUGAGCUGGUAGUGAUCUUGCCGCAGCUGAUUCUGAUUAAGCCACAAAGAAUGUAUGAAGUUCGCUUGGAAGUUCAAUCACCUGAUGGAUGCUGGUAUUACUCAGACUGUCAGCCAAUGGGUGAAAUGGAAGACGGGACCAAAAUUCAGUUUCAUCGAAAUCCAAACCUGGACUAUGAUAACCUAUCCAAUGGCUGGAUUUCUUGUUUGUACUUCAACAAAGUUUUGGAUUAAAAAUAAGGAUAAAGAUUUUUUUGGAAAAAAGUUCAAUCCAAUGAAUAAAAUACCAAUUUAAAAA